UCUUCUACGCCUGGAAGGACCUGGGGGUGCGCUUCUGGCCGCGCUACAUCAAGGAGGGCAACUGCCUGGCCGAGAAGUCCUGCUCGCUGCCCGAGGGCAUGUUCUGCAAGCCCGUCAAGUCGGUCACCAAGACCUUCCUGCGCUGGCACUGCCAGGGCUGGUCCAGUCAGAAGUACUGCACCUGGAUCCCCGUGCAGUACCCGCUCAUCUCCGAGUGCAAGUGCUCCUGCUAAGCCGCCCCGGCCCCUUGCACUGCCGCCCUCCUCCUCCGGAUGACUUUAGCGGGGGGGGGCUUUUUCGGGUGGGUUUUUUUGGGAUAGUUUUUUUGGGAGGUGGUUUUUUUUCCCCACCUGCCAGAGCGAAGUGGGAGAAGAUGAACCGCUUUGGAGUUUUGUUUUGUUUUGUUUUAUUUUGUUUUUUAUUUUUUUCUUUUUGUUAAUUUUGCGGGGGUUGUUCUUUUUUUUAUUUUAUGUUGUUAAUUUUUUUUUUCACUUGGACUUCUUUUAAUAUUAUUUUAUUCAAAAGGGGGGAAAGCGAACCCAGGAACUGCAGGGCAGGCCAAAGGCACAGUAAAGCACUACAAUCAGAUGUCUAUUUUUAUACGUAUAUAGCCUUCUAACAAAAGGAAAAUUAAAAAAAAAAACUUAAAAAAAAGGAAAAAAAAAAACCUACCAGCCGUGUAAAUAGAGAGAUU